GUGUAAUUCACACAUAUCCUCUGACAUGUGUUGAUCAAUCUGGUAUUGUUGAACCUCACUUCCUACAAUACAAAUUCAUCGCUAAAAAUAUACAGCACCUCGAGAGUAUAUUCGUUGGUUGUACAUCUUCGACUUUCCGGACUGCUCAGAGCUCUCUAUACGCCAGGCGAUCGCUGCCAUUCAACGGGGUGCCGAAAAUGCUCUUGGGUUCUAUCCCUUCCUUGCAGGACAGCUGAAAGCUUUGUCCGAUGAACCCAACGAGAAACUCCAACUGUGUUACAGCGAUACGAUUGACCGGCAAAGGAUCAAUGAGAUAGUCACACACAAAUGUUUCGAUGACCUUGCUGGUAACUACGAAAACAUGUGCAGGGCACAUAUGCCUGUAUGUUAUUUAAAAAAGGAAGAAUUCUGCGGAGGGCCCCUGAUUCCGGAUCCUUCCAUAUGGCAACCAGCUUUCACGCUACAGGCAAAUUUCCUUGGAAGCGGUGGUCUAUUUCUUUGCUUUUCCUUCCAUCAUUCUGUCAUGGAUGAGUGGUCAGUCGGCCUUUUCCUCGAAAAACUUGCUUGGGGCAUUCAUAGUCCUGAGGUGUUUACUCGGGAGGUAGUGUACGGCGGCCCUAGUGCCGCUCAAUUCUCUCAAUAUGUUGUCCCUGGCGCCGCCGCGACAAUGUUCGACUUUCCAGAAUGGUCCAUUAGCGAUAUCAUUGUAAAUGGGGUACCAGAAUACGAAGACAAACCCACAAACUACAUUUUCAUAAUGAGUGCCGCGCGGGCUCUCCAAUGGAGUGUUAAGAUUAUCCAUUGCCUUCGCGGGAAUCUUAUUCCUGACGCCGUGAAAAUAAUUGAUUGUCUUGUAGGCAUGAUCUGGGUCGAGAUUAUUCGAGCAGGGCAAAUCAGCGCACAUGCACCAAACAGAGACGUCAGACUAUAUAUCGAUAUAAAUACCCGCACUCAGUUACAACCAUCCCUUGGCGAUACAUAUUUUGGCAAUAUGUCGGCGAACAGUGUUGGUUAUAUUAGAAAUGGCGAUGAAAUUAUGGAGACAGAAGGGGAAGACGAUUACUUUCAUGAGCAGUCUAUCCGCUGGUUCGCACAAGCUACCCGGGUUGUCUUUGCGGCGAAGGAAAAACUGGACAAUGUGUACAUUCGACGUCGUAUAACCACACUGGCCAACCUCACGAAACCUGUGGAAAUCCAAAAGUUCGCGGAAGACGCGAUCACUUGCAGCAAGUCUAGCACUAAAAUGUGCGAUGUUGGGUAUGGCGCGGAUCUCCCUUUCGGUAUUCCUGGUGCCGGGUGCGGUGGGAAUGACGGGAGACCGAGAUUCAUACGCAGACCGUGGAUAAAUGACAGUCGCGGAGUAAUAAGCGUAGUGCCUAGACAGAGCGGAAACGAGGCCAACUAGGAGUUUCAGGUUUGCUUACAGGAUUGGCAAAUCGAGUCAGCCGUGCCUCUACUUAAGAGUUGGGGAUUUAUUGCCAAGAAGGAUGAUGAUGGCAAUGCCAAUGACAAUGUCAAUGGCAAUGGCAAUAUCAAUAUCAAUGGCAAUGUCAAUGGCAAUGUCAAUGGCGAUGGCGACUUAAUCUAGUAAUCAUAGCCGUCAGGCUUGAGAGAUGUGUCGCAUAGCGUCAUGCACAUUGCCCAUUAGCGUUAUUGUUUUGUAUUUGCAGAUUGCUACAGAUGAUGAUAAUGAGAAGCAUUGAAUUGGCAGUUAAUAACCUUGAAGU